GGAUACGUACAGAUCAGGGCCGGGGGAGGGAGGCUGGGUCCUUCUGAUGGAUUGCGGGGGCCUGAGACUGCUUGCGGGGGCCUGAGCGAUCAGCGCCUGCGCGAUGCCUCGUCCCCCUCCCGUCUUCAACGUGAGGGAUCCGGGACAGUAGCAAUGGUCGUGUUGACAGUUUUGGGUGCAUAGAUGGUCCAAGGAUGAAGCCUGCGGGCAUAGGAGAGGUCAGCUCAGUAGCCUGAGCUGCAGAGGCGCUGUCCAAACUCCUACCGCACUUUACACCCCUUCCUCCCAGAGCUUCAGAGUCUCAUGCCAUCUGCACCCUUGCUCUGCCUGCUAGGUUUCCCGAGCCUGUCCCUGCAGAAUCCUAUGGUCUAGUUCAGGAAAAGUUUGUGUUUGCGUCUGUUCAUAGGGGAAGACUGUGGGUCUGCGAUGAUAGUGACAUAACCGAGGUCACGCAGAGCGCAGAGCUUAGGAGUGCUAAGUCCCCGGCCAGCGCCGGCGUUCCUUCUGUCGUAUUAAAGUCGUGGUCACAGUAUCAUGUAAUUUUAUAUAAAUACAUUUCCCACCAGGUUAACUUUUGUUUUCAGAGCAGCCCGUGAGUAUUCUUUUGUAUUCUGUAGUAAAUGGCAAUUAUUUAACUAGCAUUUCUUGUUAAUUUCUUGUUAAUUCACUUCGACAGCCAUACUCAUUCAUUCCCCCACGUCCCAAUGCACGGUUGCAAUUCUCCAGUCCUUUCUGAAAGCCAACGAUACCACCAUCCCUAAGGUUUUCUCCUGGGAAUGUUCCAGGAGGUUUUUAUUUAGGAGACUUCCCCUUUUUUCAUGCCCACUCAUAAUGACGUUGUUUUUCCUUCCCCAGACCCGACUGCAUUAGUCCUUUUACAGAUUUUUCCUACCGCAGUGGAAGAUGAAUACAUCCUUGGGCCCUCUGUCAUUCAAGGAUGUGGCUGUGGCCUUCACCCAGGAGGAGUGGCAGCAGCUGGACCCUGAGGAGAGGACAACAUACAGGGAUGUGAUGCUGGAGACCUACAGCAACCUCGUCUCCGUGGGGUAUCACAUUAUCAAACCGGAUGUUAUCAUCAAGUUGGAACAAGGAGAAGAGCCAUGGAUAGUAGAAGGAGCAUUCUCACCUCAGAGCUAUCCAGAUGAGAUCUGGCCCAUGAGCAGCCUGAUGGAGGAAGACCAGGGAGAUGAAGAGAACCAGUCAAGUCCAGCUGUGCUCAGCUACAAAAGCCCCAUCGAUGCUUCUAGUAAGGCCAUCGAUGGAGAAACAAAGUUCAUUCCCUCAGGGAGGGUCCUCCCUAAAUGCGACUCCUGUGAGAAGAGCCUGAUGUGUGUCUCCGCAUUCAUCCGUAUCGACGGAAGCUAUGCAAAACUGCGGCCCAAUGUGUGUGCCGGGUGUGGGAAGCCCCUCCCCCACAGUAAGCUUGAGGAAACCCAUCCUGGAGAUGAGUCUUAUGAAUUUAGUGGGGAUGGAGAUGAGGACACGCUAAGUGAAGAAAGCGUUUAUCAGAAGAUUCACUUUCUGGAGAAGCCCUUUGACUAUGUUGAGUGCCAGAAAUCCUUCCCCAAGAGCACUGUGUUUCUUAAUCACCUGGAAGAGGAGCCCUGCGACUGGGAUGGAUCUGAAGUAGCUUUUCUGCAGACGCCAGGCCUCAGUGCCGACCAGGAUUCUCUCAUGGAGAUGAAGCCCUACGAGUGCCAGCAAUGUGGGAAGUCCUUCUGCAAGAAGUCAAAGUUCAUCAUCCACCAGAGGACUCACACAGGUGAGAAGCCCUUCAAGUGCAGUCAGUGCGGGAAGUCCUUCUGCCAGAAGGGCACCCUCACCGUCCACCAGAGGACCCACACGGGGGAGAAGCCCUACGAGUGUACCGAGUGCGGGAAGACCUUCUACCAGAAGCUGCACCUCAUUCAGCACCAGAGAACCCAUUCAGGCGAGAAGCCCUACAAAUGCGGCUACUGCGGGAAGUCCUUCUGCCAGAAAACACACCUCACUCAGCACCAGAGGACACACUCAGGAGAGAGGCCCUACGUCUGUCACGACUGUGGCAAGACAUUUUCUCAGAAGUCAGCACUCAAUGACCACCAGAAGAUACACACAGGCGUCAAACUCUACAAGUGCAGUGAGUGUGGCAAGUGCUUCUGCCGCAAGUCCACGCUCACAACCCACAUGAGGACACACACGGGCGAGAAGCCGUACGAAUGUAACGAGUGUGGGAAGUUCUUCUCCAGGUUGUCAUACCUCACUGUGCAUUACAGAACCCACUCAGGGGAGAAGCCCUACGAGUGUACGGAGUGCGGGAAGACCUUCUACCUGAACUCGGCCCUCAUGAGGCAUCAGAGGGUGCACACGGGGGAGAAGCCUUACGAGUGUAGUGAGUGUGGGAAAUUAUUCUCGCAGCUGUCCUACCUCACCGUGCAUCACAGAACUCACUCAGGAGUGAAGCCCUAUGAGUGUAGCGAGUGUGGGAAGACCUUCUACCAGAAUUCAGCCCUUUGUAGACACCGGAGAAUUCACCGAGGGGAGAAACCCUAUGAAUGUUACAUAUGUGGCAAGUUCUUCUCUCAGAUGUCCUACCUCACGAUCCAUCACAGAAUUCAUUCAGGAGAGAAGCCCUAUGAGUGCAGUGAGUGUGGGAAGACCUUCUGCCAGAAUUCAGCCCUCAACAGACAUCAGCGCACACACACGGGAGAAAAAGCCUACGAGUGUUACGAAUGUGGGAAGUGCUUCUCCCAGAUGUCUUAUCUCACGAUCCACCACAGGAUCCAUUCGGGAGAGAAGCCCUUCGAAUGUAACGAGUGCGGCAAGGCCUUCUCUCGGAUGUCGUACCUCACUGUGCAUUACAGAACCCAUUCAGGGGAGAAGCCCUACGAGUGUACGGAGUGCGGGAAGAAAUUCUACCACAAGUCAGCAUUCAAUAGCCAUCAGAGAACUCAUAGGAGAGGGAGUGGGAAUGGGGUUGAUAUGGGAAGGCUCCUUUAAAGCCAGACGAAAGUCGGCCUUCUCAGUAAGCUAGAAACUCCUGUCUGCCAUUGAGCCCUGAUGUACAAUUGGUCCUCAGUACCCAUAGGCUCCAUCUCCGAGGAUUUAACCCUCCAAAACUACAUAGGAAAAGGGUUUCUUUGUGCUGAAUAUGUGCAGAUUAUUUUUUUGUCUUUCUUCCCCAAGUAGUACAAUAUAACAGCUUUUAUAUUGUAUUUAUAUGGUAUUAAGCAUUAUAAAUAAUCUAGAGAUGAGUUAAAGCUCAUGGGAGGAUUGUGUAGGGUGUGCACAAUUAUGAUGUCAUCUUACAUAGGGACUUACUCUGCAGACUCUGGUGUCCAGGUGGUCUCAGAACAGUACUCCCACAUACCAAAGGAUACCUCUGUCAGAGAGCUCACACAAAUGAUCAUGAACAAGUCUGUGUGAGACAGAUUCAUCAGAAACUCACGGGGCAGAGCCACAGCUGUGAAAAGAGCACACAGCAGACUCUACAGGAGUCAGAAUGUAUAAAUAUGUCUCGGCAUAGCUUCAAACUGCUUCAGGGAGCCGACUCAACUGAAGGGAUGUGGGAAGCACACUCCUUUUGCAACUGCUAAUACUAAAGGACGUUUUGUAAAAAUUAAAAGAAGAGGGGCUGGAGAGAUGGCUCAGCGUUUGAGAGCACUGGCUGCUCUUCCAGAGGUCCUGAAUUCAAUUCCCAACAACCACAUGGUGGCUCACAACCAUCUGUAUUGGGAUCCGAUACCCUCUUCUGGGGUGUCUGAGGACAGUGACAGUGUACUCAUAUACAUAACAUAAAUAAAUUUAAAAAAAAAAUAAAAGAAAUACUCUGCUAGAAAUAGUACACUCUGUAACUACAGGAUGUAAAAUUGUCAGUCUGGUUAGCCAAGUUUGCCACACUAAACUGGUAAAUGAUUCCCUAGGAACACAGGGCUUGGGGUUUCUGAUUCAGUAACCAUCACAGAAAUCUCAUGUUUAGUUUUAAUUAAGCUUGGAAAGUGUUGUGUUGUUACUUUGUAACAUAUGGUGAGAUUACCCAUUCUGAGGAGGUUCCCCAUGCUGUUACUAUCUUCAUAUGCACUGCCACUGAGCAGUCUUUGGAAGUUAGGAAGUAUGUUUUUUCUUCCUUGGAUUUUCAAAUGCAUUGGGUCAUUGUCACAGGAUUCUAUCCUCUGUAAAGAAGCCAGGUUUUUUUUCCCCCAACCAUAGCAAAGACAGAAAUAUAUCUAUAAGACAGAAAACUCUGAAUAGAUAAUUGUAAACUAUGCCAGAAGUCUGUCAAGGUGAGAAAUAGCCUUAGCACUCACUGUACUCUGUACAACUAAGAACUACACUUAGGAUAUUGCCAUUGGCUCACUUUUUUCACGUGGAUGCUUACUCGUGUGGGGAGCACAAUGGCUGGGUAGCACGGUACGUGCUAUAGGUAUGAACACACUCUGCUCUCCUGUCCCUUGGAAGUGAGAGCACACACAGAGCACUGUGACAGACUUCACCCAGUGCCUUCUGCCGCUCCCUUCUUGGCUUUCCAAGUCAUCUAAGUGCAUUCCUCCUUGGAUGAUGGGAUGUAACUCCUGGGAAGUUUUCAUUGCUGGGGAUGACUCUUUCUCGGAACCUUGGACCCAGGUCCAGAGAGUUAGAAAGGAUAUCCGCAAUCAUUUCUUGAAAGGGUCUCCUCGAAGCAGCAGAACCUAAUGGACAUCACCCUGUCUGGAUGCAGUGCCUGAUAAUGACUGCCAACCAUGUAUACCGUGUAGUCAUGGUUACAGAAAGUAGAAUAAUCGGGGACUGGAACAAUAUCAUGUAGCCACUAAACCAACAUGUAGCCACUCCGUGUCUGGACUGUGGGUUUUGUUUUUUGUUUUUCUAAGAGACUGUUUGUAAACCAGGUGACUUAGGACCGUUCUGUCUUAGGACAGCCUACCUAGUGCCGCAGUACACUUUGUAGGAGUUAUGCAAUUUAGAAGCGGACUCUAGGUAAAUCAUUUAUUUUGAUGUGUUAAUAGAGAGAUUUAUUGUCUAUAAAUUUGGAUGUAAAUAAUCUGAGCAUUGAAACAAAUGUGUAUGCUUCCUCGA